GCCUGCAUUCAACAAUGCCGCCUUGUGACUUUGUGCCUGAAAAGUAUGAGUCUUAUCCCUAUGAGCACGUGCUGAAGAUCCGUAGACAGUAUGUUUCCCCGUCCCUCAUACUCUAUUACAAGAGACCACUGAUGCUACACCAGGGGCACAUGCAGUGGCUGUUUGACCAUGAAGGCCGUAGGUACCUCGAUCUCUUUGCUGGGAUUGCCACUGUUGGUGUCGGCCAUUGCCACCCGAAAGUAACAGCAGCUGCCCAGAAACAACUUGGUCGCUUAUGGCACACAGCCAGUGUCUACAUGCAUCCAGCAAUUCAGGAAUACAUGGAGAAACUGACAUCGCGGCUUCCAGAUCCAUUAAAGAAGGUGAUUUAUACACGCAACUUUGACAUAAUUUGUUUCAGGGGAGGAUACCAUGGGGGCAGUCCUUCCACGAUGGGCCUGACAUCCAUUGGAAAUUACAAGCACGUUCUUCCUAAUGGCUCUGGCUGCCAAACAACAAUGUUACCGGAUGUUUUUAAUGGCCCCUGGGGUGGAAACCAGUGCCGAGAUUCUCCAGUACAAACAAUUCGGAAAUGCAGCUGUUCUCCAGGCUCUUGUCAUGCAAAGGACCAUUACAUCGAGCAGUUCAAAGACACCCUCGCCACUUGCGUGCCAAAGAAGAUUGCAGGAUUUAUUGCUGAGCCAAUUCAAGGUGUCAAUGGUGCAGUUCAGUAUCCCGUGGGAUUCCUAAAGGAGGCUUUUGAGCUAGUGCGUGAGAGGGGAGGCGUAUGCAUUGCAGACGAAGUUCAGACGGGCUUUGGUCGCACAGGCCGCCAUUUCUGGGGAUUCGAAGGACACGGUGUGGUGCCAGACAUUGUUACCGUGGCCAAAGCAAUUGGGAAUGGCUUCCCCAUGGCAGCGGUCAUCACUAAAGCAGAAAUUGCAAGUUCUUUGGCUCAAGGCUUGCCCUUUAACACAUUUGGCGGAAACCCCAUGGCCUGUGUUGUUGGAUCUGCAGUUCUGGAUGCAAUAGAGGAAGACGGCUUGCAGAAGAACUGUGAGGCGGUUGGGACCCACCUCCUGCUCGAGUUGGCCAAGCUCCGGGACGAGUUUGAAAUCAUCGGAGACGUUCGUGGCAAAGGGCUUAUGAUUGGGAUCCAGAUGGUCAAAGACAAGGAGAGUCGCCAGCCCCUCCCCGCUGAGGAGAUAAGUGAGAUCUUCGAGGACUGCAAAGACAUGGGGGUGCUCUUUGGGAAGGGAGGAAUUCAUUUUCAGACAUUUAGAAUUAAACCACCACUGUGCAUCACCAAGGAAGACGCAGACUUCGCAGUGGAAGUUUUUCACGCCGCUUUAACCAGACAUAAGGAGAGAACGGCGGCUGCAAAGUAGCAUGCCCUCGAUCGUGGAACUGCUGCAGCUGCUAUUCAACUGCUGCAGCUGCUUUUUCAUAGGUUCUGUAGUAAGGAAUUAUCCAGUUGCCAGGGGUAGUAUGAAACCGGACGACAGAGAAAGGGCAUUCAGGUGGCACGUGUCUGUAGACAAGCCAGAUUCCACAACCAG